AGACGAGGGCGACGAGCAUGCGGAGGGGACGGCGCAGCCCAAGGCGAGAUUCUCCGGCGGGUCGCCGUCGGGCGAGUCGUCGCUGGUGCAGCAGCGCUUCCCGUCCUCCAAGAUGAAGGUCGACGAGCUCUUCAUUCAAUGGCUCUCGCUGCCGGAAUCGCAGAAGCUGGUGAUGUCGUUAUUGGAAGACGCCAAAGCAGGCCGCCCGCUAAUAGCACCCGGGGGCCCCAACUCCCACAGCGCAAGCGGAAGCCUCUCCCCGCUCUCCCCCACUAGCGCGUCGUCGCUCUUCGGUGCAACCCCCCCGCUCUCCCCGCGGAGCGACAAGCCCAUGUCGCCCAAGUCGCCGCUGCGUCGCCAGGCGUCGGGGCUCAGCCACGCGGGGUCGCCCGUGAAGCCGCACGCGAACCGAAGCUUCGAGGCAAUUCCGCAGUUUUAUUUUCCGAACGGCCCGCCGGCGACGGAGGACGUGGCGAAGCAGUGCAUGGUGAAGAUCCACCAGUUCUUCCACGAACACCCCGAGGGGCUCAACGUGGAAGCGUUCAUGGCGGUGACACAGGAGGUGUGCAACCUGCCGUCCUACUUCAACUCGGUCAUCUUCCAACGCAUCGACUCCGAAUCCACCGGCUUCAUCACCAAGGACGCGUUCAUGCGGUUUUGGGUGGACCGCCGGCUGCUGGCAGCGGACAUGGCGACGCAGAUCUUCCACGUGCUCAAACAGGACCACCAGAACUACCUCGUGCAGGACGACUUCAAGCCCAUAAUGCGCGAGCUGUUGAACCGCCACCCAGGCCUUGAGUUCCUGCACGACACACCCGAGUUCCAAGAACGAUACGCUGAGACGGUGAUCUACCGCAUUUUCUACCACAUCAGCCGGUCGGGCAACGGGCGCAUCUCACUGAGAGAGCUCAAGAAGAGCAACCUCAUGCAGGCGCUGCAGCAGGUGGAGGAGGAGGAGGACAUCAAUAAAGUGCUCAAGUACUUCUCGUACGAGCAUUUCUACGUGGUGUACUGCAAGUUCUGGGAGCUGGAUUCGGAUCACGACUUCCUCAUCGACAAGGACGACCUGCUGCGCUACGGCAACCACGCCCUCACCUACCGCAUCGUCGAGCGCAUCUUCGCCCAGGUGCCGCGGCCAUUCACGAGUGGAGUGGAGGGCAAGAUGGGGUACGAGGACUUUGUGUGGUUCAUCCUGUCAGAAGAGGAUAAGUCAUCCGAACCCAGCCUUGAGUACUGGUUCCGGUGUGUGGAUCUGGAUGGGGACGAGCGCAUCACAGCCCCGGAGAUGCAGUAUUUCUACGAGGAGCAGCUGCACCGCAUGGAGUGCAUGGCUCAGGAGCCCGUGCUCUUUGAAGACGUCGUCUGCCAAAUGGCUGACAUGAUCAAACCCGCGAAAGAUGGAGUGAUGACACUGCGUGACCUGAAGGGGUGCCGGUUGUCGGGCAACUUCUUUAACAUACUGUUCAACCUUAACAAAUUCGUGGCGUUUGAAACACGUGAUCCUUUCCUCAUUCGACAGGAAAGAGAAGACCCCACGUUAACAGAGUGGGACCGCUUUGCUCGAGCGGAAUACAUCCGGCUGUCUAUGGAGGAUGAGGGUGAUGAUGCUUCCAAUGGCAGUGCAGAGGUUUGGGACGAGUCCCUUGAGGCUCCCUUUUGA